AUCGAGACCACUAGUCUAGAGCUUGAACACUUACAGUGUCUUAAUUGCAGGUAUACAGAUGACUUAAUUAUUCAAGAUGGGCGAAAUAAUAGAAGUCCAACAUAUAUUACAGCAGGAGGAGUGGGACUGUGGCUUGGCCUGUGCCAGGAUGAUUUUCAGAUACUGCAACAUUUCUUUGGGUGAAGGUGACACAGAGUUGACGAGAGUCUGCAAAGAUUUAGAAAUACAGAAAGCCGUGUGGACAAUAGAUUUGGCUCAUCUCAUGUCAAAGUUCAACAUCAAACAUGAUUUCUACACGAUCACAUUUGGGGUAGAUCCAAAAUAUUCGACAGUGGAAUUUUACAACAGUAAUACGUUUGAAUUUUCUGGAGAAGAGUUCAGGAUUAAUAAUCUGUUUCAGGAAGCAAAGGACAAAGGUAUCAUUGCAUCUAAGAAAUCACUUGUCCGAGAUGAAAUCGUAAGCCGACUCAGAGAGGGCCAACCAGCUAUAGUCCUCAUUGAUGCCAGCAUUCUUCAUUGCCAGAUGUGUGAAGGCACCAGGCAGCAACAAUAUCUUCAAUUGGGGUGCUGCCACAAAGACAGGGAGGAGGAGGAAAGAGGAUAUAUAGGCCAUUUUAUAGUUGCUUGUGGCUGCAAUCUGGAGAAGGGGCAAAUUUUCUACAAAAACCCAGCAAGGCCUGUUGAUCUGUGCUGUUGCUCAUUUGAGAACUUUGAUGCUGCAAGGAAGUCACAUGGUACAGACGAGGAUAUCCUUUUCAUCCAUAGAUGACCUCUUGAGAUGAGCUCAGUAUAUCAUCAUUGAACUUUGAACUUUGAACUUUCGAAUUCUUGAGGAAUCUUGCCACCUUCUGCCUAGAAAGAGAACCCAAGUGUGUGCUAAGGCUAUGUAUAUUUCUGUGCAAUACCAGGAAAACAUCUUCUGACUGUGACACCUCUUUAUAACCAAUUUUGUAUAGCCAAGGAAAUUACCUAGGUAAAAAUUAUGAAACUUUGUUAUGUCAGGGCCCCGUCUUUUAAGGACUUGCGAUUGAUUCAAAUCAUUUGCAACUUGAAAUUAAUCACAGCUGUGUACUUAAAGGCAUCGUUAAACAAUGUUAAAUCUGAGAUGCAUGGCCCUACAUUUUAUCAGUGUCUAUGAUAUGGUGUAAUAUUGAAGCUCUAAAAAAAAAUUUGCUCCAAAAUGAUCAAGAAGUGCCUCAAAAAAUAAAAAUCUUUGAGUGACGGGUUUCACCAUAGGUACUCAUUUUCCCCAUUGUUAUGAAAAAUGGUGGUCUCCUGUGUUCCGAAUUACCUCUCUAAUUUAUUGAAAAUAUUUCAUAUUUCUUAUGUUAUUGU